AUGUCUUCUCUGGUCGCCGACUUCAUCAUCAAUCCAGUCAUUCGGCAGGCUCGACGGCUCUCGGAGAUUGGACAGCGAAGGAACACUCCAGACGAAGAGCCUGUCAAUGUGGCGGACCCUAGACGAAGCCUGGCGGAGCACCUGGCCUUCUUGGGGUUUCCGCAACAGAAUCAGCAUGUGAACGACCCAGCUCCAGACCAGGUCAAUGACAAUGAGGCCCCGCUGCCGGAGCCGUCCACCCUAGACCAGCUGCAGCAGCCUCCCAGCCAAAUCCGACACCGACCCCUCCGAGCUUCAACAGAACCGAUUGCCGUGCCUGUCAUCACGCCUCACGACAUCGACCCCCCCACCAACACCACCACCACCACAACCAGCCCUCUUGCCGCAGCCACCAUCUCCACUGACAUUUUGGAACAAGCUCGUCGUCCCGAUGCCAUAGUUCAGUCACCAGCAGCCAUGCUGCCCUACAAUUACGCAACACCCUCGCCGCCGCCCAAGCCGCCGUCCUCGUUGCCAGAGGACGAUGGCAUGGGCUCACUGCGAAGGCGUUUGAUCGCCAUUCAAGCCCAAGAUGGUCUGCCCGCGGAAGAGAAGGCCCGCCUGAUGCACGAGGCCUUGAUGGAAGGUUAUCGUCGAUCACAGACCGCGGAUGUUGAUGCCUACGCAUCCACCAACGUCGCCACUGUCGGCGCGACCGCCAGCUCCUCGAUCCCCACUGCCCAUCCCGCUAUCACCACCACGCCGGCCGCGGCUGCUUCUGUCGGAGGCUCUUUGCUGGGGCUGACGGCGGGCGAAGCUCUCGAACAGAUUGUCCCUGUCGGCGCCCUCGACUCUUUAAAGUUCUGGCAAUCAGCCCCUGGCGACCCGGCAACAGCAGAAAAGUUUGAACUCUCGGCCGACGACAUCAAGCCGACCUUUGUGCCCGCUCGCUUCCCGAAAGACGCAACGCCCGAGAUCAUCGAAGACAUAUUAUCGCAGCCACAGCAGCUCGGAUGCCAACACUAUGCUCGCAACGUCAAGCUUCAGUGCUCGACUUGCGACCGUUGGUACACAUGCCGCUUCUGUCACGACGCCGCCGAGAAACACGCCCUUAUCAGGAAGGAUACCAGGAACAUGCUGUGUAUGGUGUGCGCCUGUCCGCAGAAGGCUGGUGAGGCCUGCUUCAACUGCGGCGAGGUCUCGGCUCAUUACUAUUGCAACAUUUGCAAGCUGUGGGACAAUAAUCCUAACAAGAGCAUCUACCACUGCAGCGAUUGCGGCAUCUGUCGGCGUGGCCGGGGCCUGGGAAAGGACUUCUUUCACUGCAAGAAAUGCUGCGCCUGCAUCUCCAUCUCUAUUCAAGACUCACACAAGUGUAUCGAGCGGUCUACCGACUGCGACUGCCCGAUUUGUGGCGAGUACAUGUUUACCUCUCCGAGGCCCGUUGUCUUCAUGGUUUGCGGUCACAGUAUUCACGCCAAAUGCUAUGACCAGCAUAUGCAGAGCUCCUACAAGUGUCCCAUCUGCAACCGCAGCCUCCUGAACAUGCAGAGCCAGUUCAGGCAGCUGGAGCUAUCUAUCCUCAGCCAGCCCAUGCCCUUGGAGCUGCGCAACACUCGUGCCGUGAUUCUGUGCAACGACUGCAGCGGCAAAAGCACCGUCCCUUAUCACUGGCUCGGACUGAAAUGCGCCAUAUGCAACUCGUACAAUACGGCGCAGAUUCGACUGGAGAACAGUCCAUUUCCAGAAGACGCCACCGGACAUCCGCCGGCGAACCCUCUUGCCGAGUCGACUGGCUCAUUGGGCGCCGUGGAUGUACCAGGCACACCUAGACGGCGCCACUCUUCUCUGACGGGCGUGCAGCUACGGCAUGCCGUACCGCUGCCUGAUCGAUUGGCAAGGUCCGCAUCGCCGCCCCUGCCGCCGGGGUUGGCCGUGCCCGUGCCCGAGGGAACAGCUGUACAUGAUGCAGACGAUGCCGAUGACUCUGAUGAAGACAUGCUCGGCCUAUGGGGCACCCGUUUUCACCGGUCAUCUGAUGAGGAAGAGGACGACGUGGAGUCCCUUUCGGACGAUGCUGGUGGCGACGACGACGAUGACGACGACGUGGACGAUGAAGAGGAGGAAGACGACGAGAACGAAAUAGUGCUCUUCGGACACCGCUGA